AAUAUAUCCAAAUACAUGCAGUCUUUUAAUCAGUUUUCUCCAUUAUGACUGCUUAUGAUGAAGGAAAUGUUCCAAUUUUGAAUUUCCAAAGCCCUGCUCAAGCCAUUUAUUAUCCUAAUGGCUUAUACACUUAUGCCAUGGGCAAUACUACGAAACGCAGUAUUACAGAACAGAUAGGAACCAACAAAGAACAGCACCUUGAUCUACUGUUUCUUGGCUGUGGUGAUCUUAGAAAUGUUCUUUGUACAGUAUCCGAGCUUUCACAAAGACCACCUCAUCACUGUCCCAAGAGUAUUGAUAUACACCUGAACGACUACGACCCCACGAUAUUGCCUCGCAAUGCAAUAAUACUCGAUAUUAUCGGGCAUAUAAACCCUGAUAUACCUGAUGAUAUGGAUUUCUUGUGGAACGUCUGGUACAACAUGACUCUAUCCAAGUCUCAUGGCGACAGGCUACGACAAGUUAUCACAUCCUUGAUAAAUAAUGACCAGAAUGAUGGGAAUGGCAUUACACUGCGAUUCCAAGACUCCAGAACUGAACAGGAAUGCCUUAAUGUGUGGAAAGACUGGCUGGAACUCAACCUGGACGUGGAAACCGUCAAGGAAGAAAGAAGACGGUUCAUUGAACGCAAAAUGUCAAUCAGAGGUAGAUGUUCGGAUGUAUUGUUAAAAACGGCAAUGCCAUGUCUUAACUCCAGUCUUUUGAACGAGUCAAAUCCGUUGUAUUCCGAGAUAGAACACUGGUUUAUGGAAGGUACAACGACCACAGCUCAGACGAAUACUUCUGUCGUCAAUCCAACGUUAAUCCGUCCGUUUACUCAUGAAUGGAAAGUUCACUAUGGUUCCUGUCCCUUUGAAGGACAUUGCCCCCUUAAUAGGACUGAUGUUGAAAGGUGUAGAUCUUUAACAUCUCUUUGUAAAGAGAUCCUCGCAUUAUUGGUGAAACAAUUUCAGCAGUUCAACAAGCAACACUCAAUGAAGUUUUGUUUAUGUUCCGGCGAUGCUUUGUGGUUGUGUACCAGCGGAUUACCAAAUGAAAUGCUGUUUGACGUCAUUGAUACAAGUAAUGUCAGUGAUCACAUUGGGUUGUUGAAUGUACUCAUCUGUUGUGGACUAAGACUGAAAAAUCCAUUAGAAUCUCAGCUACAGACGUCAAGCAUUUUAUGGUGCAGUAUGUGCAAAAAUAUCCAAGAAUACUACGAUCGGUGUAUUGGUAUCCACACUAACCUGUUACCAACCGUUCUUGGCUUACAUCUUGCUGUUGAUUUUGACAUGGGAAAUAGGAAACUCCCCGAUAACGUUUCCAAUGAGGAAUUGCUUUAUUGGGUGAAAGCAGAGACUGUUAGGACUCCUCUUACUCUGACAAGUAAAGAAAAUGACAUUAUAACAGCAUUAUGGAAGCUGACAGAACGAUGUUUUCAUCUAAUCAAACAUCUUUUUGUCGGCCAAGUGUUCGGGGAAUCAUUAUCGUCACCCCUUACUCUACUCAGAAUAAUCCACCAGAUGGGCCCACUUAUCCAAGGAGGAGCUGCAAGGAUUUUAGACCUUUUGGAAACCAAACUGCCCAGUGGGUUUCACCGAGACCAUGGCUUUAUGUGGAGAAUGGUUAAAUCCGUAGCAAAACAAGAUGGCGGUUCUGUUGUUGAGGUACAAGUCAAUCGUCUUCAACUGUCAGUUACAGAAAUGUUUAAGGACGAAACUCCAAUUCCCAAGAUCCUUCUAAGUGGUGGUUUUAACUCCUGCCCAGUCAUUAGCAAUAGUAUUCGAUUUAAUGUUAAGGAAGGAACCGUCACAUUUCACAUGCUAGAGAGCGACUGGAAAAGUAUUGAACCAGAAUCCUUGUGCAACAUCGUUGAGUAUAAAACUGGGAUUCCAGUGUUUUGCUGCGGACCUUUCCUUCUUUUCGAUGAUAAGAUUCGCCUUAAAUAUGUUGAUCCCUUGGCGACAUUUGGACUUCACGCUGUGCAAACAUUCUGCAUCGAAAAUGAUACUGCAUCAUCAAGUGCACUGUUAGAGAUGACCAAAAUUGAAGAAGAAAACUCUUGGUACACAGUAGAGCUUGCAAUACUUGAUGCAGACAAGUGCAAUACCAAAGAUAUGACAAUAGACUUCACUCCUGAAUCACGUCCAAUCGAAAUUGAUAUCUAUUUUCUUAGUAGCAUUGGAUGUAAAAUACGUUUAUCGUGCCCCGUCGUGUCGCAUUCGUCAAAGUUCCAAUUAUCUAAAAAGCAAAAAAGAAUAUUUUGUCACAUUCCAAAGAAAGAACAUUGGGUGACUGGAGAAAUGGUGCUUCGAAUCCCAGCACAAGUACCUUUUUACGCCAUGGACAAGUGGGACACCAAGUCUGACGAUAUAAUAUCGAUUUGUGGUGCAAUGUUCCGCAGUGAACAUGAUAUGAAACUGAAGUCUUUAAGAGCAACUGGUCCGCCAUUUUAUGCUCUAAGAGAAUCCAUCGCAAUCAUUCUACAAGAGAAGCUAAAAGAUCAGUCUUCUCAGUUUGUGUAUUCUGUCGAAGACGACGACCACAGACAAAGUCUCAUCAUGCAACCUCGCGAUAUCCUUAGCAAGAUUGGUCUUAUCAUCAAAAUCAAGGAACCCAUCUACAAGUGGAAUAGCAUACCUUACGCGAAAUGUAUAUUCUAUGAUUGUAAACAGCAUACUGAUAUCAUAAAUAUCAAUCCUGUGAAAGCUGACAAAAUGGCGCUUGAGUUUUGGAAAGAAGCUCAUAACACGCGUCAAGCACACGGAGACAGGAGAAUACCAGCAGAACCAGAGGAAAUUGAGCUGUUUCGUAGAAUGCUGUACAUCAACGCAGCCCGCACUGAACAAGAGUAUCCAGCGGUAUCUGUAUUUAAGAAUUCCUUUAUUUGUCCUCUCUACCCAAGGGAUAGUAUGCCUCAUACGGAUGCAAUGAUGAAUCUGUUGGACUUACCAUUGAUUCACAAGAACUUACCAGAAGCCACAAAUGUUGGAGGAAAUUUUCCAAUGGACCAAAGCAAAUCAAUAACAACAGAUCUACAUCCAUCCCUUGAUUUGUGCUGCGCGUUUUGCAAAAACCCAUCAAAAGAUCUCAAGAAAUGCACAGGGUGUAAGAAAGUAUUUUACUGUAAUCGAGAAUGUCAGAAGCAGCACUGGAAAAAGGAACACAAACUCGUGUGUUAUAAACGUCAGGGCCAAAAUUAAUUAAACAAACUCUAAUCCUUUCAAAAACAAAUGAAUCAAGUCUAGAUGAUAUUGUCCCUUAACAGGAAGGUCCAUUUUAUCUCGUGCUCUGCAAAAAAAGUCUGGUUCUUCAUUUUGAAUUGCAUGUGAAAAAACUGCAAAUUAAAUUAAAUUAAAUAAAUUUGGAAAAAGAGAAAGCUAAAAAUUAGAAUUAAAUCUAUAUUAGUGCCCCCCCUCCUCCACCAGGACUUUUACUAUUGUAAUGUACUCUCAUCAGUACUAAUGUAUCUAUUACAACCAGAACGUGAAGAGACUUUCAAUGUGGACUUUACCGUCAACUAAUUUGCACAUCGAUGACGUUUUUGUUUCGACAUUCUCCAAGUAUGAAUCACACUCACCAAGUAACGAAGGCCGGAAGUGAAUUGAAAGCAACAGAAAACAAAGGAAAGGAAUGGAAACGAGGCCUAACCCUUCUACAGACAUUAUGAUGGCAUAUAUCUAGGGAUUCCAUUACCCUUCAAGAAAAAAGUUGUUGUCUGUAGAAAAAUGAUAUUUUCUUAAUAAAUUUAAUUUCCUAAGC